CUGUAGUAUAACAUGAUGGUAGAUAAUGCUUUUUACAGUAUUUGAUUCAACUAAUAAUGGGUUGUAGUGACUACUGUAAGAAGUGCUUUUCACCAAAACCUGGCUGUCCAGGUUGCACUACCCACUGGGUACCUGGCUGUUUGAAAUUUCUUAGUUUUAUCACUUGCCAAUGCAUCAAACCAGCUGAAUUAGAGGAUGGUGAGGAAAAUGAUGCCAAAUGCUGCCCAUCCUACUGCUGUAGCUGCUGUACUUGUAAAAGAUCUGGCAAAAAUUGCUGUAUUGUGAUGCUGUAUAUUACAAUUGUACUAUCAGUAUUACUGGUUAUUGCUAUCAGUGCAUAUCCUACUAGUGCAUUCAUUGCUGGGUGGGCUAACUGUAAACCAUACAAAUACAGCAACAGUGAAGGAGAGAUUUGUUUCACUAUUACAAUAAAUGAAAGUACUGGACCAGAUAUUGUACUGAGAGAUACUGGAAGAGAUAAACUGAUUGAUGCUAAUAAUUCUCAUGAAGUUCAGGAGUUCCUUGAUCUUACUAAGAUAGCGAUACUGUUCUCAACAACAGCUAAUGGAGUGUCACAAAUAUUCUUCAUAAUAGCACUGAUCUGUCUAUUCUGCAGACAUUACAAGUGGUUUCGUAAAUUGAACAGCUGGAGCUGUUGGAAGGCAUGUAAACUGUACUGCUGCUGUACCAGAGAUGAAGCUGAUGAUAAGAAUGUGAUACCACUAGAUCCUUUUAAUGAUUAUGAUAAAAAUGAAUUUAUUGAACCUACUUCAAUUGCUGUUGUGUAUCAACAUAAACAGAAAAUAGUUACAGUAUUUGAUUAUGAAACAAGAGGAACAGAAGAAGGAAACUUAUUCUCCCAGCAAGACACCAGUACCAGUACAUUACUUCAAGGUGAGAGAUUAUGCCAUUACAACACAUGGUUUGCUAUUGGGUUGUUUAUGAUGGCUGCAAUCAGUUCAACCUUCUUUCCUGUUCAAUAUAUUGCCAACCAAACAACAAUUAAUUGGUGGGAGUUUUCCACUACCAUUGUUUAUGCCUGGUCAUUAUUCCGUAGUAUUGUCAGUUGCUUCAUCUUCUCAAAGUUGAUGUACGCUAUACAAAGAAAAUGUGAAGAAAUAGAAAUGUAUGUAUAUUACACUAAUGAUAAUAUUAAUGAGACUAAUAACAACAAAAUAAAGAAAUAUGUAAAAACAAUAUUUAAGUCUGAGCUUACGAUAGCAGUUACUGAAAUGCUAAAAUCUGUUAAAUCAUUUGAUGAUAUUGACAAUUUAGCAGAGAAACUGGCUGAUGGUUUCCUGGAAGAAGUCAAUGAACAUGUCAUUCAAAAUGCAGUUCAAAAUGCAAUUCAGAAGGUUAAUCUAAAUUCCAUUGAAGAUGCAGUUAAAAAUGCUGUUCAGGAUAUUGAUGCAGUUAAAGAAGCUCUUCAAAAUGCAGUUCAAGAUGCAGUUGAGAAUGAAGUUCAAAAUGCAGUCAGAGAUGUAGUUCAGAAUGUCAAUCGAAAUACAGUUGAAGAAGCUCUUCAAAAUGCACUUCAAGAUGCAGUUGAAACUGUUCAGGAUUUCAAUCCAAAUGCAGCUCAGAAUGCAGAUCUGAAAAAUGUUGUUCAAAAUGCAAUUCAGAAUGCAGUUAAAAAUGCAGUUCAAAAUACAGUGUGCACAUCAAGUACAAACAUUGUAAAUGCCAUUAAAACUCAAUGUAGUGGUAAUCUAAAUGUCCGUCAUGACUAUGAAAUUGUUAAGAAUAUGGAAGAGUCAGUUAUUACUGCAAUAAACAGUGUAGAUUCUGAAGAUAUUAAGGAGCAGCAUUACAUUACACAGGAUAAAGAGAGAAAAGAAAGAAUAAAAGCACAAGCUACAAGAUAUGCCACUGCCCUCAAAGAAUUAAUCAAGGAACAUAACAAGACAGAUAGUGCUGAUGGUAAGAAAGAGCUAGCAUUGAAGUAUCUAAAGGAACAUGACAAACAUUUUGUUAACACAGCAGUAGCAACACUUAGCUGGCUUCAACUAUGGUUCCUACUCCAUUGGGUACUAUACAUAAUAUCAACCUUCAUGAUACUCACUGUACUGAUUGAUGCAGUGGCACUUCACGUUAAGGAUAGGGUACCACAUAUAGAGGAAGGAGUUGGGUUCCAUCCAGUACAGAUAGUGUUCCUAUUCUUGUACAGUCUAGUGCAGUGUUUUGUGUUAGUUUAUCCUUGUCUAAGAGCUGCUGGUGUCACUAGGACAAGAAAACGCUUGAUAAAAAGAAUCAGUGAUGAUACUUACAAGUUUACUAAUCUCCCUGAAGGUGUCAUAUCAGAGUUUAUUGAGUCUAUGAAGAGGAGGAAGUUUAGUUUCAGGUUACGUAUAUUGUGUGCUAGUAUUCCUUUUAAUUUAAACAUUGCUUAUUUAUCUAUUGCCUUUGGUUUCAUUGGUAGUGUAGUGGCACUAAUCACUACUGUCACUGACUAAUAUAAUAUAAUAUUAUUAUUAGUUAUUAUUAUUAUUAUUGUCUUUUGUUUAGUCUUUUAUUUGUUGUACUGCUGCUUUACUUAACUUUAACAUUUUUUGGCUGAAUAAAUCUACCAUUUUUGUUUGAUUAAUGAUACUAGUUAUUACA